UAAAAAUUGAACGUCGCAUUAACUGGAACAAACGACAUUUAAAAAGUCAAUGCCAGAAUGAGGAAUUAAUAAACAGAACAAAAUAUUGUAACACGCGCCUGCCACAUCAUAAACUUAUAUUAUUUUAUUUCAAUCAUACUACUUUCAUCCAACAUCUACGCCUCUCAACAGACUUGGUCACUCGCUCGCUUUCUCACACAAACACAGACACAGACACAAACCACACAGCGCCCUUUUUUUCUUAUUAUUAUUUACUACUGCUGGGUACCCAAUUAAGCAAUCGCGCUUUUCUGCAUCGUCAGCAAGACUUGCAAUCCUAUUUAUUAUAUUCUUCAUAAUAGCCAAACUCAAACCCAAACCGCAACCCGACUGACAGGCAGCAGCAGCAGGAUCAUUCCUUGUACUUACUUUAUACUUACAUACAACGAAAUAAUUAAUGGCGGACUUGUUGCAGCACUUAUCGAGUGGGACUGAUGGCUUGGGAUCGUCGGCUGGAAAUGCAUCAUCACCCUUACCUCCAAUGCCGCAGCUGUUCCAGCUCGAUACGAUCGAUAUUGUGGACGGGUGGCAGCAGGAGCUCGUUGAGUGCUAUCAUGCGCUGGCCGCGAUGACCGCGGGUAAAUCGCAGAUGGAGGUGCACGAUGCGCUGCAGCACAAGGCGUCCGAAAGCAUGCGGGGCCACGGUGAGCUGGUCAACGGCCUGGUGUACGGAAUUCUGACCGAGCCGGCAGACGGAGCAAUGUUCUUUCGCCAGUUGAGUAUAGUGUCGCGCGACGGAUUCGCGCACGCAGUUAGUAGGCUACAGCUCUUAGUGUCGGCGCACAAGUUCUCGAGGCUGCGGACCGACGUCAAGCAGCAGCUCUUCUGGAUGAUCGGCGAGCUGGCGCGGGCCAAAGCCGGAGGCACUGAUCAGGUAGUCAUGCAGUUGACGCGGCAGCUGCGCGGCGGGGACGUGUCGCAGCCCAACGUCAAUCUCUGCCGCCAGGUGCUAAAGCUGCUAGAGACGCACUAUGAGUGGCUUAUGGGGUCACCCACACUGAUUGCCACGGCGGCGUACGCGUUCGGGCGGCUGGUGCUGGACCAUGGGCGCAUGGCUGAGCUGCGCGCACAGGAGAGUGCCUUUGUUGUGCGGUUGCUGCGCGAGCGCUUUGUUGACUGCGCGAUGGUCGGCAGGGAUCUGGUACGGAUGCUGCAGGACGUCGCCAAGAUCCCAGCGUUCCGCGACCUGUGGCAGGAUCUGCUGAGCGAGCCGCAUCGCAUCAGCGCGCACUUCUCGGGUGUCGACCAACUGCUGCGUGUGCCGACGCCUCGGAUGUUCUUGGCGAACCGGCUGACGUUCGACAUGGAGGCGCGGCUGCUGUUCAUUCUCGAGCACGUGCCGACGUCUUCGUACGCGCGCAACCUAACGUGGUUCGUUCACAGGUACCUGGGCACGCCCGAGUCCGAGACGCUGUUCUCGGACAUUGUGCGCUACGUGUGCGGCGUCUGCCACCCGUCCAAUGCCGUGCUGGCGUCCAAUAUCGUGCAGCGCUAUGUGUUCCUCGGCGGGCUCUUCCGGUAUAUCCGCUCGCAGGUAGUCGCGGCCAACGUCAAGCUGGCGCUGUUCUUCGACUGGCUGUUCUACGACGCGCGCGUCGACAAUAUCAUGAACAUUGAGCCGGGUGUGCUCAUCCUGGCGCGGUCCGUCGACAAGUACGCGUACCUGACAGCGUCGUUCGUCGAGUUUUUGUCGUUUGUCGCCGACGCGUACUGCCCGCCUCUGGCAUAUGACGUGCGCGCAGGCAUUGCGGCCGCCAUGCGCGAUGCCGUCGAGAAGGGCGUGGUGUCCUCACUGGCGCCUGUGUACGAGCACCCGCGCGUCGACCAGCUGACGCGACGAUAUAUGUAUCAGCUGUUUCCGCAGCUUGUGCCGCCGCCGCCGCUAUCUGCCGCCGCCGCACUGCAGACUGCCGACCCAGACGACGAUGAAAAUGGCGACGCAGGUGGGAAAGGCGAGGUUGGCAGUGCGGACAGUGCCGCGAACGGACAGCCUCAAUUCGGCGGCGAGGCCGACUCGACCAAAAGGUCGGUUGCCCCGGACGUCGCCAAAUUCGUCUCGAUCGUGCCGCCAAAGGACAUUGCCAAGAUCAUUGCUGCACUCAACUCGGUCCACAGAGCAUCUCCAACGCCGACGCCGACGCCGACACCAACACCGGCACUAACGUCGGCAGGGGCUGAUGCCCAGCAGCUCGGCAGCAUAGUGGAUCCCAAGUCGCUCGACCCGGUGUCGCGCAUGUUUCACGAUGAGGCAGCCGCCAGCAACAGCGACGAGCAGCCAGCGAACAUUUCCAGGGCUGAAGAGGACAUUGACGAUUCAGACGAGGACGCAGCCCUGCUCAUCAACGGCGCAGCCGAAGACGACGAGCUAGACGUCUCUGUGGCCCUGAAGGACCCAUCAUUGUGGCUGUUUGGCUCGACAUUGUCGGACUUUUUGGACAAGAUGAAAGACGCAGCCGACGCACCCGAGGAUGCCAGCCUGCCGCAGUUGGGUGAGGCAGCCAAGGACAUUGUCAACAUGUUUGCGCAGUCCGAAGCAUCGGUGCAGGCCGUGGCCACGGUACUCUCGCACGCGCUGGGGCAGCUGGGCUUUGAGGACGUCGAGACCAACGCCGAGCUCGAGGCCUGCGGUGAGGGCGACAGCGCCGAGCACGACGUCAUGCACUAUGUGUUUGCCGCCAUUGCUGGCUACAUGCCUGCGGACGCCAGCGUCGGCACUGGCAGCGGUGCAUCGGUGCAGCCGGCCGCCGGGUGGGCGCGGUGCGUCGACCUGCUGGCGCGUCUGACACGGCGGGCCAUCGACGUUGGGUUCCGGUGGUUGCUGUACAGCAUUAUGGACGCACGCAGGCCGCAUUUCUACUGGCUCUACGUGGCGCAGUACAACGCAGUAGCAGCGCAGCCUCCUCCUCUACGUGCAGCGUUAUCACGGGAUAUGCGCACACUGCAGGAGCAGUUUCCAGCGCUUUUCUACACAGCUCUGCCUUUGGUGUAUGAAGCCUUUCCGGGCGCGGUCACGGGCAACCGCGGUAUUGUGCGGGCGGUUGUGGCGAUGAUCGACCAGCCGCAGGUGCAUCGGCUAUCGGUGCUCCUCACGCAGUCCAAGCUGCGGCUAUUUGGCGCGCGCGCUGCACAAGUUGUCGGCGACACAAUGGAUAGUGCAGAUGCCUUUGAGCAAGUGUGCCUGUGGCAGCUGCUGGCUGCCGAAGUGUCCGGCGACAGCGCAACCAUUGAUAUGCUGGCUAGGGGGCUGCUGCUUGCGAGACAGCUGGAUCCGACUGCGAACAGCGAAGCGGCAAGCGGACUGAUGGCUGUUCUGCGUAGCGUGCGCCCGCGCCUGCCAACGUUUGGCGUUCUUCUCAAGUACGUUGGCGAAGUGGCCGAUGAUGAUGACGCAGCAGCGGCAAGGCUGAACUUCUGCUGCUGUGUGCUAACCACAUGGAUGCGCGCAGACAGGGCGGCGCUAUUUGGUUUGCUUCCUCGGCUGCCGCGCGUGGAUCGCGAGAGAAUCGUAGCGUGGUGGAAGACGCACUUUGGUUUUGAGAAGUAUGCCGCAGAGAUCGAUGAGGCAUGCGAGGCAAAGGUCACAGCAGCCGAAGCAGUGGUUUUGGCGCCGGCUUCUGCACCAAUGCCGGCGUCAGCAGUGUUGGAACUGACGGCCGAUGAGGCGCACUUCGACCGCUAUCUUUACGACGAUGACAACGGCAAUGACGGCCGCAGCAAGGGUAGGCUGUUGGCGGACGCGAGUUCAGUACAGGACCAGGAGGACGACGAGGUUAUUGCUGGCGUGCUGGGCAUCGGCUCCAGCGAGUCAUCGGUAUCUGGUGAUACCCCUGCUGCUGAGGAGCAGGAUGCACCCGUUGCCGCGUAUGGCCCAGUAACCGAAGAUGUGUCGGUUGCCGAGAGUGGGCGCGGCACGAAACGCCAGCGAUCACCGACUUUGAUGCACUCGUUGCCACCAUCGAAGGUUGAGAAGACAGCUGACAAGCUUGUUUCAAAGGCUUCAAAAGCUUCAAAGGUUGAGGCGGCCGAUGCUCGGCGCGUCACACGGUCGCUGAGGAGCAACACAAAGCAGACAACAGCUGCUCCUGUUGCACCUGCUGCGAAGCGCGGUAGGCGUGCAAAGGCAAACAAGCGGCCGAGGCGCAACGUCAUAACAUCUGACGAUGACGACGACGACGACAACAACGAGAACGAGGACAACGACAACGACGAUAAGGCCGAUGCCAAAGAAAAUGAUGCUGCUAACAGAAAUGACAGUGAGGAGGAGGAUGAGUCGGCGACUGGCGACAAUGGGUUUUCAACCGACUCGUCGUUGACCUCAAACUCGUCGCCCCUGGUUUCCAGCUCGGAGGACGACUAUUGAAUCAAAUUGUAGGAAUUUCCGUCUUUUUCUUUUAAUAUAUGUAUUGCAUUUGAAUCGAAAUACACGACG